CACACUCGACUGGCCCACAUGACUUGGGCUGCUUUUCUUCAUCACUGCUCACAAACUAGGCUGAGCCUUCUCUUUCUCUGCUUUGGGAAAAAUUCGUAACUUUGAGGCCCGCGCGCUCUCUAGGCAGUAAUUUCACAGGCUUGGCAGAGGAACUAGGAUCAUUAGCAGAAGAUGGGCCGCCUGCAGCUGCCUGGAACCGGCGCGAUCUGAACGCCGGCCCUCCUGGGGGAUUCGCGGGCGUCGGCCCCCAGCGCUCCUCCAGGAACCGCAGCCCGCCCUGGUCCGCUGUGCGCUGGGGCUAAGACCCGGGAGCCGCCUCCUGCCCGAGGAAAUGCCACCCUCCCCACCGUAAGCCCCGCUUUCCCGCCUCAGAACGUUUCUAACCGCUCUUCUAUUCACUCUCUCAGCAAGGCUAAUGCCCCCUCCUGCAUUCUUCAGCCUCCCCCUGCGCUCAAGGCUGACGUCUAUCAAGGGUGAAAUGACGGAAACUAUAUUCAUGGGCAUGAUUUCCAUUAAAUAUCAAUUAACCUGGGAGCCUCGGCCAGGCAGGCGGUGCGUCAAGGGUAAAUGUACAUCUCAUUUCCACAGCCCACUCGGCUGGAAAAGAAGGGUUUUGAUUUGAUUUGAUAACGCCAGGAUCUGGGGCCACACUAGCGGCUUUUAAUCCAACCACUUCGAUAUGCCCCAACUCAAAUGCACGGUCCGGUCCGUCACACCUCUUGUCCACGUUCCCUGGGCUGUGCCCGUUUGUCCAGAGCUGCAACAGCCACGGGCAACCUCUGCUGGACUGCCCUAGGAGCUCGGGGAGGGAGUAAUUUGCUCUGCAGCCUCCUGGAAGUGGCCUCCUUGCCUCCCCCAAGUCUAAAGCUCCGCCGCGCCCCCUCCCUGCCGGCUGCGGCCCGGGUUCCCGCGGCCCCGGGGGCACAAGGAGCCCUUGGCAGUGCGGCUUUAUGGGCCCCCUUUAAGGCCGGCGGAGGCAUCUCGGGCCAGGCCGGGAGCGGCUCUCAGUUCGUUGGCCGAAGCAGCUGAAGUGCGCGUGGAUCCCUCCGCGGGGCUCUUCGCUCCGGCACGCUGCCUCUCGGUUCAGUGCUGUGCUGCGAAAAUGCCUCGCCUGUGCGCACCGGGGCGGCAGCCUCGGCGGCGGGGGCGAGAGCGGCGAGCGGAGGGCGCGGGGGGGGCGCGGUGAGAGGUGGCGGCGGGCAGAGGGUUUUUUUUUUUUCUUUUCCCUCCAGAGCGGGGGUUUGUAAACCGAGGCCAGAGUGUCCCCGUGGGCCGGCGCACUUUUUUUCUUGCCCCGGUGCGCUCAGGCCCUCCUGGUGCCUGAGAGGAAAUAGUGAAGGCAGCGGGGCAGGUCGCCCAGGGCGUCGGCAAUUAUAUUGCAGCCGAGCCGGGGCGCGCCGGGAAAGGCCGGGAGGGCGGCGGCGCGUGGGGGCUGGGCGAGGCCCCGCGACCCGCGAGGGAGGCGGCGCGAGGCCGAGGCGGCGGGCGCAGGAGCCGGGCAUGAGCGCCCAGUAGCUGAGCGCCCGCGGCUGCUCGGCCUCAGAAGCGACGCGGGCGCGCGGGCGUCAGCAGCAGCGAGGUAGUCCGGCGGCCCAGGCGGCGAGAGCAGCCGUCCCAGAGGCCCCCGCGGCAGUGCGGCCGAGCAGAGGCGCGCUCCCUGCCUGCUUAGCACCGCCCGGGCCGCCGCCGCCGCCGCCCCAAUGAGUUCGUACUUCGUGAACCCGCUGUACUCCAAGUACAAGGCGGCGGCCGCGGCCGCGGCGGCGGCGGGCGAGGCCAUCAAUCCCACUUACUACGACUGUCACUUCGCGCCCGAGGUCGCCGGCCGUCAUGCGGCUGCCGCAGCAGCCCUGCAGCUCUAUGGCAACAGCGCCACCGGCUUCCCGCACGCGCACCCGCAGGCGCACGCGCACCCGCACCGGUCCCCGCCGCCCUCCGGGCCAGGGUGCGGUGGUGGGGGCGGCCCGGGCCAGGACUACUUCCAUCCCGGCGGGGGCAGCCCGGCCGCUGCCUACAAGGCCGCCCCUCCUCCUCCUCCGCAUCCUCUGCCUCCGCCGCCGCCUCCCCCCUGCGGCGGGAUUGCUUGUCACGCGGAGCCCGCGAAGUUUUACGGAUACGAUAACUUACAGAGACAGCCGAUUUUUACGACCCAGCAAGAGGCCGAGCUGGUACAAUAUCCUGACUGUAAAUCGUCCAGUGGUAAUAUUGGCGAGGACCCAGACCACUUAAAUCAGAGCUCGUCUCCUUCUCAAAUGUUUCCCUGGAUGAGACCACAAGCAGCUCCUGGUAGACGAAGAGGAAGACAAACCUACAGUCGCUUCCAAACUUUAGAGUUGGAAAAGGAAUUUCUUUUUAACCCCUAUCUGACCAGGAAAAGAAGAAUCGAGGUUUCCCACGCCCUAGCCCUCACGGAGAGACAGGUAAAAAUCUGGUUCCAGAACAGGAGGAUGAAAUGGAAAAAAGAAAACAACAAGGAUAAAUUUCCCGUUUCCCGGCAGGAGGUGAAGGACGGGGAAACCAAAAAGGAAGCCCAAGAGCUGGAGGAAGACAUAGCCGAAGGCCCGACAAAUUAACUUCUACCUUUAAAAUUUUACCACAGACUAUUAAAACUAAUGAUCACCAUAUGCUGUGGACACCACCUAUUUUCUUUGUUGAAAAAGACUUCACCUGUGUUUCAAACUACCUUCAUAUCAUUGCUCUUGAGGUUUCUGUGCUUUGAGAGGGAUUUGGGUGUGUUAAAAAGUUUCUAGUAUCACAUCAGUCCUUGAGCUGUCCUAUGGAAGGGUAAUUUGAUACUGACCUUGUAGCUAUAUUUUUAUAAUGGUUUUUAAUGUCUGAGCUGGUGAUUUCCUGAACAACGUAAACUUCCUAAUGAUUAGCAUUUAAUAAUUGAAUAUAAAAUGCUUUAUUAAUCAAACAAGUGCACUUGAACAUUUAAUCUUUAUGGUGAGUAAAUUAAAAGGAGUCUAUUAAUUUUUUUAAAAAAUUAUGUCUGCAGAAUACUUUAUAUUAUUUGAUUACAAUGCAUUAUUUAUGGAUUUUCUUUUUCUUUCUUUUAUAAUGAAUGGUUCGGGUGCCUUUUGUUUACUCCUAAGAAGUUUCUUUGUGUAUUUUCUAAAUAUAAUAUCUCGGGGAAAAGGCUGGGCCAAAUAUUUGAAAGCACAUGUUAGCUGAAGAGUGUAACGUGUAGUCCAGCUCUGCAGCUUCCUUCAACUUCAGGAAAAGAUUGGGCCAGUGACAAGAGUUUCAAGACAAUGUCAAAGUUGACAAUUAUUUUUCUAUAGUCCAUACAAAUUAAAUAAUCUAGAGUGAAUAAAUACUUGAAAAAUUAUGACAUUUUUACUCAUUAACUUUUCACUCUGGCAAGUCACCUUGUAGAAUGUAUCUCAUUUCUUAACUUGCUUUCAUUUUGAACCGCCCUUGUAAUCUCUUGAAAUCUCUAGCUCUGUAUGCCGUGGCUGCUGUUGUGUUUUUUUUUCAGUAGAUGCCGUAUUUAUUUGUAUUGCCUUUGCUCUGUUUGCCUGCUAGUUUUAAACCAGCUUGCUGUGUUCGACAUCGGUUGGUACAUCCUCUGCUGUUCUUCAGAAAAGCAAUAGCCUCACCUAUUUGAAACAAGCCCUGAGAGCAAACGCAGAAAAAUCUGAGUGUAAACAACCACUCCAGAAUGUCUCUAGCUCCUUAAUAAAGAAAUGAAUGUC